UUAAGCCUGCAUCUAUUGAUAUGUCCUGUGAAGGAGACCUUGAAGUUGGCAAAGGUGAACAGGUGACAAUAACACUGCCAAAUAUUGAGGGCUCAACUCCACCAGUGACUGUGUUCAAGGGCUCAAAGAAGCCUUACCUAAAAGAAUGUAUCUUAAUUAUCAACCAUGACACUGGAGAAUGUCGCCUAGAGAAACUUAGUAGCAACAUCACUGUGAAAAAAACCAGAGCUGAAGGAAGCAGUAAAGUCCAGUCUCGCAUAGAGCAGCAACAGCAGCAAAUGCGAAAUGCAACUAAGGUUCCAAACAACAUUAAAAAUUCCCCACCAAAAGAAAAGAUGUUUCCUCCUUCUCCUAUGGAUGAUAUUGAACGAGAGCUAAAAGCAGAAGCCAGUGUCAUGGACCAGCUGAGUAGCUCUGACAGUUCAUCUGACUCUAAAAGUUCUUCGUCCUCUUCAUCAAGUAGUGAAAAUAGUUCUAGUGAUUCUGAAGACGAGGAAAUGAAGCCCUCUCUUCCUUUGUCAAUGCCGUAUUUGCAGCCGCAGCCUACUGUGUCUGCCAUACCACAGCAGGCGGUCCCUGACAAAGAUGCCAGUCAUAACAGAUCCCAAGAGAGUGGUGGUCAUAUGAUGAAUACACUACGAAAUGACUUGCAGCUGAGUGAAUCUGGAAGCGAUAGUGAUGACUGAACAAAUUUUUGGCCUUAAAUGUAUCACCUUUUUUGCUAAAUAUGUCUUAGCAUCUGUUUUGCACUAAGAUUAGAUUACCAGAGACUGGAAUGAAUGUCCUCAAUUUUGAUAAUAGACAUCCUAAUUUUCUACUGACACAUCAUGUCUAUAAUACAGCAGCAUUGAUAUCCUGUCAGUGCUAUGGUUAUGUGUUUAUCUUUCAAAUUACUGUAUUUACAGUAAAAUUGUGUAUGAUCUGAUUUUGAUUAUUGUUGCCUCAGCCACCUGUUUUACUUGAAACUGAUUUGUAACAGCUAGUUACUUUAUAUAAAUAGUUACGGAAUGGAGAAAUUUCUGAUAUUUAUGGAGGCAAGUUUCCUUCCUAUCAUUUAAAUGCUGAAUGCUGAUCUCACAACUUUUACUUGGAGGGAGUGAAAGGGAGAACAACUAAAUGAGGUCUGCCGUGUCAGCUACGCUUUUUGUUCAGUUCACAGUUCAUACCUUUAAGGAAACUGCUGAAUAAUGUGGUCCACUAGUGCAGUUACAGUUUACAAUUGUUCAACACAUUGCUGAAUUCUUAAUUUCAUUGUAUUAUAGGACUUUAUAUUUCUGAGCCUCAAGAUUCCUAAGGGAACUUGUCUAUUCUCUGCCUUUUUUAUGCAACUUGAAUAGGCUGGUCUUUGUACAACCUUUUUGUAUCUAAAUUUAGGUAACUGCAGACAGCAAUGAAUUUUCUUCAUUUAAUUCUGUAAUGGAAAUCGGAAAAUUUCUUUGUAGGAAUAUAAAAAUAAUUUAAUAAAGCAAUAUUUAUCAU